CAACUACUCAUUCCAGCAGCCUGGCCACCACAAAACCUGGUUCCACAGCUCCCAACGGUCUUUGCCAAAACGAGACUUGUAAGGGUAUUUCUUCCUGUGUUAAUCUGAAUAAUGAACACUAUUGCAUGUGUCCGGUUGGGUAUUUCUACAAUGAAACCAAGUGUGAUAAAGGAUCACUAUUCCCUGGAAAAAUUCAAGUAAAAGUAAAUGAAACAUCUGGCCUAGAAGAUGAACACUCUCCAGCCUAUCAACAAUUACAUAAAAGAGUUACUGAUUUUUUUAAGGAAACAUUUAAAGACAAAGCAUAUGGACAGACCAUCAUUCUUAAAAUCAGCCUCUCUCCUUCAGCAAGAUCCGAAAUGCGUGCUGUUGAGAGCAAUGUUGAAGUGACUGUAGCAAACAUUUUUCAAGAAAACUCAAUAACUGAGGAGGAUGUGAAAAAGACAAUUCAAAAUGCACUGACUAACUCAAAAGAAUUUGGAAACUAUGAUCAACAAAAUACUUGUGAGUAUUAUGGCUGUGAAGUAGAGAAGAAUGGCUGUGGCAAUGGCUUACAAUGUAAAUGCAAACCAGGACUGUACAGACCGAUCUCAGUAAUUCCUCUGUGUGUUGCUCAGUGUGCUGACAACUGCACUGCGGAGAAGCAUAAGCAAUGCUUAUGGAAAUCAUUCAAUGAGUCUGCUACUUGUGUGUGCCUCCCUGGCUACAAAGAAGACAAUGGCGUCUGCCACGAGUGUAGCUUUGGCUACAGCGGAGUCUCCUGUGAAGACAACUUUCUGCUGAUCCUCACUAUCGUAGGCUCCAUUGCUGGAGCCCUCAUUGUUUGCAUGACAAUCUCACUGAUCUUCGUAGCAAGGUCAAAGAACAAAAAGAAGAAUACCGAAGAACAGAAGUUGAUUGAGAAUGACUUUACAAGUAUGAGGAUGCAGCAAACGGGCAUUUCCAAUAGGGGAGCAGAUACGAACAUCUUUCCUAAAGCCAGGACCACAGCUUCCAAAUUCGGUCAGCCACAGAACCCCUAUGGACACUCAAGGCACAUGCCCAACCCCGACUACUAGUAAAAAGUUGUUAGAAGCCUGAUGAAGAAGUAAGCAACCAUGAAGCUCUUUGGUAUUUCUUCCAUGUAACACCUAGCCUUUCUGAGUGGAGUUGUGCAUGUUGCUAAUCAAAUACCUAUGAAAUUAUAUGCAUAUAGUGCAAUGAACCUUUGUAUAGUUGAUUUUCACUAGUGAGUAUACAAUGCAGGUGAGUGACAACAAUCACCAUUCAUUCUAGAAGACCUUCCCAAGGUCAUUCACGCCUGAGAAAAUGUAGCUACAGAUAAGUAACCAAAUUCUGGAAGACACUGAGACAUCAGGAGGGAAGGAUAUCACUCUUUAGCUCAGUCUCUGACAAGGAACUCUUGGAGUUCACACCGAGAAAACAGGAAAGUGACAUAUCUCUCAGUGUUUUCAGAGGUGAGUCUUGGGAUCCCAAGACCUUUUAGAUGUUGACUGAAAAGCCUGGGCUAGAAAUAUCCACCAUGAGGUCCACUCCAGAUUUUUUUGAGGUGCCGGUAUGUGGGAGAGGCAGAAGACAGGCCCUGGACACAGAAGCUCAGCUGUGAAAAAACAUGAGCAGGAAUAGGAGCAUGCUGGGGAGAGGAGUAGGGAGAAGGGUCCAGGCUCCGCCUUUGUCUUGGAGCCCUCGAGUGAUCGAGUAAGAGGGCACAGCCUCUAACACAUGGCCUUUCCAAGACUCAAGGCUGAUGAAAUGGAGUGAACAAAACCCUGCAGAAGUAAGAGUUUUAAGUGACUUUGAAAGUGCGCCCAUUCUGUGUGACUGGUGGUAAGAGAGGAGGCUUGUUGCCUGGAGCCCGAAAUCCAGUCUUGUGAAGCAGAUCCCAGAGCAGACCGCAUGGCCACAGCCUUCCCUGGACACAGAGGCUUAGCUGUGACACCAUCUGAAGACCAGAACUGACACGCCCACCACACCACAGUCUUUUUAAAAUGUUAAGUGUGUCCUUGUUUAUGUCUAAUGCCUUGCCCCCUGGUUACUUUUGUUAUUUUUUUUUCCCAUGACUAUUAGCUAACGGAGUUUACAAAUAAAAAAUCUUUAACAGAUGUUGUCCUUCCUGAUAUUUGGGGCUUUUGGCGAUGCUCAUGGCAGUAAGUCUCACUUUCAGUAGCUGCCACCACACACAGAACACCGAAUUGAUUGACACCUGCUGUCUUGGCUGCUCCAAGCCAAUCAGCAGAAUCCCAUCCCUGCGAUUGACUUGACUUAGUGCUUCACAUAAGUGAAUGCAACUAGAAUAAAGCCCAACCUUUGGAGGAAGCUUGGAGGAAGAAGGACUCCAUCGGGAGACUGGGCUUGAGGAUGGGAGCCCCGGACUGCUUCAGUCAUUAAGGACA